ACGGGCCAGGCUAAGCCUCCAAGGUACAGCUGGCACAGUGUCUGAACGGACAGUGCAGUGACGCGCUCCAGACCCCAGCUUCAGAAGCAAGGAGGAGCGACAGAACUGUCUGUCAAUUGAUGUAUGAGGCUCUCGUCACCUUUCCCGAUCCCACCCAUUUUCCUGGCUCCCUCGCCCACGUCUUUCCAACAACAUUUUGAGCCACCAAACUCAUGUCUCGCGAUUAUACCAUCGCCAAACAUCAACGCAUCGCCUUCUCUGUCCAAUCACCAUAAUUAUGCGCCGCUGAUCCGAUCCCUAUCCUAGUCGUCGCAAGCCACACCUCCCGUCUCCAGUCCACGAAGCGAGGUGAACCACAGCGACAAUCUCGCCAUGUCGGCCCCUCCCGACUCGCCAUCUCAGGCGGACACGGUGCCUGCCAGCCCAGCUACGCAGAUCGAAGAUGCACCACCUUCGCCCGUCGGCAGGUCAUUCCUGUCGCAAGCUGGCGACGAAGACAUGCCGGAUGUGACGGAGGACCACGAGCAGAAGAGGUCGCGCAAGUCCAGAAAUGCACGAGACAAAGACCUCGCAGCGCAAUUUGGGAGGAUCAGACACCUCAAGAAGGACGACGGCGAUCCGCUGUGGCGCGUGGACAUACAGUACGACUUCUUGAAGGAGAUCUUUGACAAUGAGCAAGCCGUCUUCACCAACUCGUACGAAACGAUGCCCAAGCAAAACUUUGCCGACCUGUACAUCGAUACCAUGGCGCGCAGUACCAAGACGAGCAAGGUCUUGCGCGAUAAGCUGCUUAGUGAUCGCGAAGUCGCCAAGGGAAUGGCCAUGGUCUGUCUGCUCGUCAACAUGGGUCGUAUGAACACCACGCUCAACUUCUUCCCCGAAAUGCGGGCGCAAUUGCGAACAUACCACGCGAUCCCCUCCCUACAGGCUCGGCAAGAUACCAGCGCAGACAAGCAGCUGCAGGACGCGCCGAGACUAAAGUCCAUCCUGAAGGGUGGCGCAGAGGACCGACAGGAGGCCAACUCACUUGAUGCCAUCAAGAACAAGCGGGUUCCCAGGACGAACCCGGUCAAUCUCAUUUUCGUCAUGUGCAACACUGCCUAUAUCAUCGCCGAGCUACAUUUUCCUAACGGGGAGGAAUUUCACGAUCUGAUCAUGAAAAAGGAAUACACAAGCAAGUCGAGAGCCAGGGCAUUCUUGUGGCUCAUGUGGUUUCACCUGGAAUCGGACUUUACCGAAGAGGGCUGCGACGAGAAUCCGUUUGGACCCGGUGUCGACUACGGCUUGGACGUUGCGAACCAGGGCAUCCCCCGGCUUGAGCCUGUUGAUCCAGAUGGGCCACCGGAGAAUGUGGACACCCCCGAGGAGAUUGAAUUUGGGCGUGAGAAGCAAGCUACGCGAGCCAAGAUCUUGGAGAUGGAUCAGGCGUACCUCAACGAAAGAGAGAACCGCCGCGGCAAGCUGCGAGUGCCUCUGCCCACGGAGGACGGACCAGCGAUACUGCCGAGGAUCCGCCCAUCAAAGCACGAGUCCGACAUGGAUAGCACCAGAUCUACGCCGCCUCCCAAAGCUGGAGGCAAGCCCUCGGGGGCUAACAGACGAGGGGCGCCUCUCAAGUAUCAGAUCUACGAGAACUCAUCACCCUCCAGACCUGGUACCGAGGGCGUUGUCGCCCGCAAACCGCGUCCCCCGACUGCUCAUCAAUUGGCAGUCGAGCGCAACCGUCACGAGAGGGUCGAGUACAUCCUUGAUCGAGGGCUACGCAAGCAGCACGCCAAGAAGCGCAGAAUCCGCCGACAGAAUGGUGCCAUCUUCCGGGCGUAUACACGCGUCAAGGCGCAAGCCAAUGGCUUGGACGACAGCGAUGAGGACGCACCUGACAACGUCCCGGCGCAGCACCCCUAUCCCUUCCGCGAGAAGGGCGUGAGCGGAGGUCUGAACUCGCUCAAGACGGAGGACGAUGAUUUCGGCGAGGAGAUCAGCACGUAUGCGGCUGCUCUACGGCGCGCUACAAGACGACUUGCGCGCUGGCACGGCCGCCAGGACGAGUUCGGCGUGAUUGCGCCAGUGAAGAAGCCUCGGGCGGCUGGCGAGGUCAAGGAGGCUGACGCUGCAAACGAUGCGAGCCAGGAGGCAGGCGUGGACGACAUGGAGAUUGAAGAGGUCGACCAGACAGCACUGGGCGACGACGAACAGGAAGAAGUGGAUCGCACAGAGCUCAUGUCUGACGUCUGAGGCUAUGCUACGUGUAUCAGUUAUUGGCGUUUGUAUGAUUGCUGAUUCAUUCCGCGAGGGAAUGCUUAUUCAACGUAGCCAGGGAGGCUUGGUUCGGCGUUUGGGCUGUAUUGGAAGAGAUAGAUAGGUACAUAUACAGCACAAGACUUGGGAGCAACGAUUUAAUCCUUACCAUCUCUGCCUUUUGGGUCGUACCAGAAACGAAGCGUACCUGGGGCACCCUGUAACUAAUCUCACUUCAUCGGCUUCCGGCUGGUCAUUCUCAGGCCAUAAUGAAUCUGCGGAGGGCGCGGGAUCCGAACUCCCAUGUGGGGCGCGGCUUAUUCAUACUUUAGUAUAACUUCAUAGGGGUCCUCCCAAUCAACAAACAUCAAAG